CAACCUAUGCCGCUUCCUUUCCAUCUCCUCCGGUGUGGUCCCAACUACCAACAUCCUGUUCCGGUUGCAGAGUGAACCUUGACACGGUAGCCGUAGAUGUCGACGGGCGUCGCGGUGGCGCCAGAGGUCGCAGCCGCCCUCGCGCGCGGCGGCGCGGUCGUCGCCCUCGAGUCCACCAUCAUAAGCCACGGUAUGCCCUACCCGAAGAAUCUUCAGACCGCUAUGGAGGUGGAGGCCAUCGUAAGGGAGAAUGGAGCUGUUCCUGCCACCAUAGCCAUCCUAGAUGGAGUUCCACAUGUUGGCCUUAGCAGUGAACAAUUGAGGAGAUUGGCUAUAAGUGGAAGACAAUUUCAGAAGACAGCUAGGAGGGAUAUUGCACAUGUGGUUGCAUCUGGUGGCAACGGCGCAACAACAGUUUCUGCCACUAUGUUUUUUGCUCACAAGGUUGGCAUACCAAUUUUUGUAACCGGGGGAAUCGGGGGCGUGCAUAGACAGGGUGAACAAAGUGUUCAUUAUUAUGCAGCCAUGGACAUCUCCUCGGACUUAACUGAACUUGGAAAUACUCCUGUUGCUGUUAUUUCAGCGGGUGUGAAGUCCAUUUUGGACAUACCGAGGACACUUGAAUACCUGGAAACUCAAGGGGUAACUGUUGCUGCUUAUAAAACCAAUGAAUUUCCUGCUUUCUUCACAGAAAAUAGUGGAUCUCAGGUGCCAUGUCGUGUUGAUUCUCCGGAAGAAUGUGCCAAAAUAAUACAUGCAAACAAGAAUCUACAUCUAGGAUCUGGUAUUCUCAUUGCAGUGCCAAUUCCCAAACAGCAUGCAGCUUCAGGGAACGUUAUAGAGUCUGCAAUACAGAAAGCUCUAAAGGAAGCAGAUGAUAAAAGAAUAAUAGGGAAUGCGAUCACUCCCUUCAUGCUUGAGAGAGUAAAAGAACUAACUGGAGGAUCUUCCCUGGAAGCCAAUAUUGCACUUGUUAAGAACAAUGCUGUUCUUGGUGCGAAAAUUGCCGUUGCUCUUUCUAAUCUUGAGCAGAGAAAGACAAACAGGCUUGGGAGGAGUGCACUAUAGAGCUUCACUUCGCUUGCAGAUAUGGAAGCUGUGGUAAACGGACACAUGACUAAGUGGUGAUUCAGUGCAAACAUCCACCAGAAUUUGGCAUCCCGUCCGACACGGCAUGAGACAUGAUGUUUUUGCGACUAGUGAUCUCCUGUUGGAGUGUUGGUUCUCCCUCAGAUGCAUAUCCUGUUGCGUCGGGAUGUUGAUAACUCGAAGUUAUGGCACAGAACAAUAAUAAUAGUAUUCGUCUUGCUAUGGCUCUAUCUGUGUGUAUGGACCAUGGACGAGCUGAGGUGGCAGUGUGGAGUUGAGACAAUUCUUCUUCUCUGUUGGGUAUCUUUGUUUCCAUCUGGAUUUGGUGGUUUAAUAAUGGGGUGGAUUUGUCGUUCUCUACUAUAUAAAACACAAAUUUGGUUUUCACGCUA